UUCAGUGUCAGAGUGAAUACCAGAAGAGCUACAGGGUUUCCCGUUCCAGGAGCGUGUCUCCUCAGCGCUGCGCCCCAUUGGCCGGCCUCCGCUCCGACCAAAUGAGAAUCUGCAGAGAACCAGGUCUGCAGCGCCGGAAGAGACUUGUUCCUGGAGGUCUCGCUCAGUCCUGCACUUCACUGCUCUGUCCGUCAGACCCACAGCGCCCCCUAGCUGCUCCGACUGCUCUCACUCACAAUAAAGUGCCCUCUGAUGCCUCUCGGAGUCGCUCAGCCCACAGGAAGGAUCCUUCCCCCAAACCUCCAACGCCUCCAGAAUCUCGAGCAGAACCCAAAUCCCCGGCUCAACCGGAAUCUCCAGCAGGACCACGACCUCCAGAAAGAUGUUCUGCAAACUCCGGAUCACCAGGAGAACCAGGAGUGACUGGAAAAUCAAGAAAGCUCCACCCCUCACAGCUCAACAACCAAUCACAGCCCAGCCGCCCCUCGUCAGCAGCACCUGAUGGACGGCAGCCCUCAGCCAAUGAGGUUGAUCAUGCUCUGCGCUGGAGGGCGGGGCUGACGUCAGCAGGUCAAAGGUCAGGGGGUCACCGGUCCGAAUACCACCGACAGUUCAGCUGGAAGAAACCUGUAACUUCUGCUUCACCCAUGCUGACGGCUGAACAGGUGCUGUAUUCCAGCAGCAGGUCUGUCCCCCCCUUUAAGAAACACCCCGUCUCCAUGGAAACCGAGUAUCAGCAGAGCUUCAAGGGUGUGGCCCCUCCCACUGGACCCCACCUUCUGAAACAUCUGGAACAUCAGCGAAUCCCACUGUUCCACACGUACAUGAGCAACAAGAAGAGGAGGGAGGAGUCUCAGAAGAAGCCCCGCCCCAAACACAAUGAUCCCGCCUCUCAGGAGGAUGACAUCACAACUCCUCCUCCUCAGGUGCAGAGAGGUCACAGGAUCCUAGAAGAAGGCGGGGCCAUGGACGGUGACACCCCUCAGGUGACGGAGCUGCGGCGGCGAGCGUCGCUGUACCGCCGUCGAGCCUGGGGAACCAACUUCUGCAGAGAUCACCUGAACCAGCUGCAGUCCGAACACAACGCUCUGUGGGAGCCCACGGACUCGUCCACCGACCCCCCCACCCCCUGCCUGACCCUUGACUUCGGCCAGGAGCCCGACAGCCGCAGCACUUCCUGUGUGGAGGCUCUGGACCUGGCCAGUCGCUCCUGUCACUCCAGCCAGAGGUCGUCUGUCGUGGGCUCAAACGCACAAACACCUCCGGCUGAAAGACGCACGGCGUGGGAAGAAGAAGAGGAAAAAGAAGAAAGUGUAGACGAGGACGAGGGGAGGUUACCGACUCCCAGACUGAAGAUGAGACCAGUUCAGAGAACUCACCACGACCUCACCACACCUGCCACAGGAGGCGCUAUACUAGUGGGAACAGUGAAGAGCAGUGAGGAAUCGUCUCUAAACAAACAACAGAGAUGUGGGUCAGUGGUUUCCAUGGCAGCAGCUCUCGACAUGCCAUCGGAGAAGAGCAGCCCCCACCGCCCGUCACUUGGCCCCUCCCCUGACCACAAACCAGCCUCUAAACCAAUCAGGAUGAAGCAAACACCUCCACCGACGGUAGCACCGCCCCUUCAGCUCCGGCCCGCGCUGCACUGCAUCCAGGGAACGUUGAGACGCCCCGAAUUCCAACAUAACGGUGAGCUGGGGUCCAGGUUCGUGUCCUCAGGUGAGCUGGGGUCCAGGUUCACGGAGCUGCAGACUUCAGGAGGCGAUGAAGACGACCGUCUCUCAGUGAUGUCAUGCCGUUCGGCAGCCUCGUGCUCCGCGGCGUCCGUCGUCCUCGAGCGCGCUCAGAAGAGACGAGAGAGCUUCUGGGGGAAGAGAUGAACCCCCCCACCCCCACCCCCCCUCACCAGGUCUCUGCUGUCACCAUGGAAACCAGCGUGUUGUUCGUAGAGCUGAGUGGAUUUUUUUUAUAGACGUCACCAGAAUAUUUUCUAGAAUCAAGUAUUUUUAUAGUUGAAUUCAUUAAAUUAUGAAAGUUAUUUUUUGUAGUUGAUGUUUUGAUGAAUGUAACCAUCGUGUGUAGUUUGUGUUUGUGUUCUUUGCUGAGAUAAAAGAGACUCGAGCGUCCUCUCGUCUUUGACUCGUCGUCGUUACAGACGUCGUGAAAAUCGUCUCAGAGUCGAAGUCGUAAAAUCACGACGAUGUGAAAGAAGCUGAAACGUAAACUCGUUGGUUUGUAUUUAUAUAAAAUAUCACGUUUUAUCACAUAUUAGUCUUCGUUCUGUGAGGUCACACAAACCUUGACCUCCGACCAUCAUGAUCCUCCAGUGGAAUAAGUGACGCAAUUAAAAGACAAUACAGAUGGGAUUCUUCAGAACACACACACACACACACUCACUCACUCACUCAGCUUUACAUUGUUUGUUCUGGUAUAUUGUUUCGAGGGGAAUUCACAGUCGGCUGCUUUAUCAGCUCAUCAUCCCUGACUGAGUGUGUACAUGUUGUGUGUUUAACGUGUUUGUAUAGUUGGCCCAGUGGAAGUUACCAGGUCGUGUCAUCUCUGUCUGGAGGGAAUAUUUAAAGGUGUGUGUGUGUUUCAGGAAUGUUUCUAUUAAUUCCCGUGUCGUCUUUUAAUCGCAUCACUUGCUUCACAUAUUGUUUUGUGCGUCUCUGCUUUAACGCCAACGUCCUGCGUCAGAGUUGUUUUUUUAAUUUGCAUCACUGUGACCUUGGUGCUCCACCGUCCGACCUCCCUCACCGUGACGUGCAGCUGGUUGCAGCAGGUCGUGAGUCGCGGCUCCUCGACCGAUGCGGAAAUGAUGAAAUUCCUGAUUUGACGAGUUUAUGGAACCAAAACAUUUUCAGUUUGAGUUGAUCCUGAGACACACACUCGAUCCAGGUUCCAUCUUCUUCGUCUCUCUGCAGAUUGAUUUGAUUGUUUAUAAAAACCUCCCUGAUAUUUACAACAACAGGUUUCUAAUGUCACGUCUUAUGUAUUUCACUUUAUUAUAAGUGUUGUUGUAUUUGUUGCUU